UACAACUUGAUAGUGUCGGCAGAUCAAUGCAACGUUCUCCACUCAUGCCUUAGAGGUAUUUUCUGUCACUUUCCCGAGAAAACAGUCUCCCUCCUUCUCUCUUGCUUCUUUUUAUGUUGUUCGAGACUUUUUUCCCGGGAAAAUUGAGUUCAAAAUGAUGAGGAGUAGACUCAAUGCGUAUGGUAGAACCGAUGGCGGCUCCACAACGACGAGGACGCCGGUGCCGUCGUCUUCGUCGUCGUAUACUUCGAGAGGCGAAGAUGCUGAGUGGGAAAUGAGGCCUGGAGGAAUGCUGGUGCAGAAAAGAAGUGAAAAAACAGAAGCUCCGGUGCCGACUUUGCGGCUUCGAAUUGCAUAUGGUGCUCUACGAUAUGAGAUGUCAGUUAGUUCCAUAGUGACUUUCGGGGAGGUGAAGAAGCUGUUAACGGAGCGGACAGGGUUACAGCCGGGUGAACAGAGACUUGUUUUCCGAGGAAAAGAGCGAGAAAAUGCAGAAUAUUUGGACACAUGUGGGGUUAAAGACCGUUCAAAAAUCGUUCUAAUUCAAGACCCGGCCAGCAUUGAGCGUCGCUUCCUUGAAAUGCGUAGGAAUGCCAAGAUCCAGAGUGCCCGUUGCGCCAUUUCGGACGUGUCUGUGGAAGUUGACAAGCUGGCGGAGCAGGUCUCCGCAAUUGAAAAGUCUAUUGCCAAUGGAGUCAAGGUACCAGAACUUCAGAUCACAACACUAAUUGAGAUGCUUAUGAGACACGCAAUUAAAUUAGAAAGCAUUCAAGCAGAAGGAGAUGCUUCUGCACAGAAAAACUUGCAGGGCAAAAGAGUACAGAAAUGUGUAGAAGCUCUUGAUGUACUGAAGAUAUCUAAUGCACGAAUAAAGCCUAUUGUUGUAACAACCAAGUGGGAGACCUUUGAUCCUCCUCCGUCCACCACCACCCAAUGGGAAUUAUUUGAUUGAUCUUUCUCUGCCAUUUCUCUCUCUCUUUGCUUGUUUCACGUGUACGUGGCUCAACAGCGCAUAAACAAGCAUAUAAAUUUACUGUCUGCUUCAAAAUACAGUCUCAGUGGCAGCUGAUCAACAUGUGAAUAUGUCCAUUUUUGUUGUUAAAUUUGUUUUAUCAUUCUAGCUUUGGAGUUCGCUACAUCGUUUUCUAUAUUGGGGCAUAUGAAAUGUAUAUUCUUCAUGUAUUUUCUAUUUGAGUGGUUGGAAUAAAACAGCUCAGCUUAGCGUGAGUUUAUUGUAAUUGUAACUUUAUAUUUUCCAAUUUUCGAGGAACGUGUCUGGGAGAAUUCUUUUAUCAA